AUGAGAGUUGAAUUGAGUAAGCAGAUGCAGCUACCUAGCGAGCCCUCAACAGUGUCCAAGAUGAAGGCGGUGGAUCCGACCAUACCAGUUCGAAGCUCUUCCAUGAAUGAAAUACCACUGAUGCCUGUGUCGGCUCAGGAGAAAUCAGUUAACAAGGGGGCCCAACCUAUGGACACAAAUGCUACGCAAGGACACCAUGAUAGACCUCUGGAUAACCACAGCCAGCAGGUGGAGAGUUCGGGAGAUAUCGUUUCAGAGAAGAAGAAUGAGAGUAUUACGGAGAGCCUCGUGACUGAGGCUUCUCCAACAUGA